UGUCAAUCGUCCGAACGAUCCCAGAAUAGCAUCGCCAUCAGCUACCAAUAGACUGGAGAAUUUCUAGAUUCGUACCUACUACCGUACCAUAUGGCACACGUUUCUCCAUUGUUGUUGUUGCCCCUAAGCUCCAACGCUCCGCGGAACUAUACUUCUCGCAGCCAAUGACGGCGUUCCAGCGACAUACUCGUCGAUCAGGCUGGGUGCAAGGAUCCAAUAGCGGACACGUCCAUCGGCGAGCUUCCACAGGAAGACUCUACGUGGCCAAUGGUAGGACGUGUGAUUGUCAGCAUGUAUGGAUGUCUCCGAGUUCACUGAAUAGCUUGGGGUCAAAGCAGUAUCUCAGCCGUGGUAAAUGACGAGUACAGCAGGCAGCCACAUGUCUCGUGGAAAAGGAGUCGGGAGGUGGUCAAAAUGGAUGCGGUCCUGUCUAGCAUUCCAUCUUCUUUCCUUCAGAGGAGGAUAUUGUCUUUUCGUUGAUUCAAAAUGGUGUCAUUAACGUUGUUUACUUUACUGGGCUUCCUGUCCUAUCUUGUGGCCCCUGUUGUCGGACAGACGCAAUCUACGCCAGGCAGCGUUUUCAUCCUGCCGUUACAGGGACCAUCAAGCAACUACACGUUUGCUGUUAACAUCCCUGAGAACUCGGAGGAUGUCUAUUUUCAUCUUUCGGGCCCAACAGAGUACUCUUGGAUUGCCGUGGGGACCGGCAAUCAGAUGAAGGAUUCGUUGAUGAUCAUUCUCUACUCGAAUGAACACGGUGAUAAUGUCACUGUUAGCCCUCGUCUCUGCUCCGGUGAGCAGGAACCGGUUUUCUCUUCCUCCCUCGAUGUGGUCAUCUUGCCAGGAAGCGGAAUUGCGGACAAUACAAUGACGGUGAAUGCUCGCUGCACAAACUGUUCACACUGGAAGACUGGCUCUCUGGACUUGCAGUCUACCUCGCAGCCUUGGAUCUUUGCUUUGGGCCCAAAGGCUGCAGACAGCAUCCUACUCAAGAGCGAUUCCAAAUCAGCUAGCAUCCAGCGGCACUCUGAAUAUGGGCGGUUCUCCAUGAACAUGAAGCAGGCUACCGGCGGCACAGGUGGAAUACCAUCGUCCCUGACGACUGCAACCGGCUCCCAACAAGACGGCCACAUUUCCCACGACAGUAACUGGCCGGCCAUCAUCCACGGUCUGGCUGCCUGCGUCGCGUUCGUUGUUUUCAUGCCCCUCGGCGUCAUCUUCCUACGGAUCUUCCCUUCCAGCGUCCGCUGGCACUGGGUCAACCAGACGUUGGCCUCCAUCCUAGCCAUCGUGGGCAUACUAUUCGGCUUCUACCUAAGCACAAUGUACACGAAGUCAGAAUCAUUCAAUUCGGCACAUCAGAUCAUAGGAAUCAUCAUUCUCGUCUCCGUGCUCGUGCAGUGGUUCAUAGGCUUCUGGCACCAUCGUCUCUACAAGCUUUUCCAGCGCUCUACAUACUACGGCGUGGGACAUCGAUACUUCGGCCGAGCCGUCAUCCUACUUGCGAUAGUGAACGGCGGAAUAGGACUAUCUUGGUCCUCUGCCCUGACGAAGACGGUCGUGGCUUAUUCCAUCAUCGUGGCUGUUCUCGGUAUUCUGACAAUUGCUGCUCUUCUCUGGAAGGCAGCAGUCAAAUACAACCAAAUGGCCGCAUAA